AUGGCCGAGCCGAGGAAAGAUGACGCGAUCAAGACGGUCCAGGUCGAGGCCCUGGUCGUCAUGAAAAUCACCAAGCACUGCUCCUCGUCCUUCCCUACCACCGCGACCGGCUCCCUCGUCGGCCUGGACAACAACGCCACCCUCGAGGUCACAAACACCUUCCCAUUCCCAACUAUCGAUGUCGCCAGCGCCGACUCCCACCAGAACGAUGCCUCCAGCCUGGCUGCUGCUGCGCCCCGCGCAAAGGCCAACAUCAACUACCAGAACGACAUGAUAAGGCACCUCAAAGAGGUCAACGUCGAUGCCAACAACGUCGGAUGGUAUACCAGCGCCACCAUGGGCAACUUUGUCAACCUGGGCUUUAUCGAGAACAUGUACCACUACCAGCGCGAGAACAACAGCGUCGUCGCCCUCGUCCACGACGUCAGCCGGAGCUCCCAGGGCUCUCUCAGCCUCCGCGCCUUCAAGCUGACCAGCUCCUUCAUGGCCGCUUACAAGGAGAACAAGUUUACCACAGAGAACCUCCAAAAGACCAAGUUCACCUACAAGGACAUAUUUGUCGAGCUCCCUGUCCACGUCCACGACUCGCACCUCCUCACUUCGUUCCUGCACCAGCUGCCGCCGCCGCCGGUGAACCCCGAGGUGGAGUUGCCGCAGUCGCUAUCUGACAUUGAGCGCGCGCCCGUCCAGCUCCCCUCGUACCCAUCCCUGGACACGCUCGACCUCUCCAUCGACCCGUUCCUCGAGAAGACGUGCGACCUGCUCCUGGACAGCAUUGAGUCACACUACACAGACCUCAACAACCACCAGUACUACCAGAGACAGCUGGCCCGCGAGCAGGCCAAGAUCACGGCGUGGCAGACGAAGCGCAAGGCAGAGAACGCGUCGCGGGCAGCAGCCAAGCAGGCGCCACUGCCAGAGGACGAGUGGCAGAGGCUGUUCAAGCUGCCACAGGAGCCCAGCCGGCUGGAGGGCAUGCUGAACGCGAAGCAGGUGGAGCAGUACAGCAGGCAGGUGGACGGAUUCACGGCAAACAUCAGCGCCAAGAUGUUUGCUGUGCGAGGAAACCUCGUGCCGGAGUAG